CCUCUUCUCGUCAUCCUCUCACUUCCCCUCAGCUCGCACGCAGCUCUUAAGAUCGAUUUUCAGAGCUUAGAACGUCUUGACCGAGGACACUUGAUACAUUCAGCGCGCCGCCAUGUCAGCUACAUCAGACUACAAAGUCAUCCUAGCCUCCGAUGCCCACCUGCUGCGCGAGGCGUUGCGCAUCCGUACGGAGGUCUUCCACAAGGAGCAGGGAUUCUCCAUGGACUGUGAAAUAGACAGUUACGACCCAAUCUCGGCUCACUUCGUGCUGGUCCCCUCCUCGUACUCUCCCUCAACAGCAGAGUCUGAAGUCAAAGCCCUGGGAACUCUGCGCUGGGUCCCUUAUCCACCACCUGCGACCACCCCUGCCUCCAGUGAGACUGUCUCCUCCCUUCUCCCACUUGGUCGUCCCCCCGCGAGCGAAGGGAGCAUCGCAGCUACUUUUGCCUCUGAAAAGGGCGCGGGGGCCAAGUUGGGUAGGCUGGCGUUGGACAAGUCACUCAGGGGAAAGAAGUUGGGCGCCUUCUUGGUAAAGGAAAGCGAGAGGUGGGUCACAGAAGCUAUCAAGCAGAGGCUGGCCAAGGCGAAUGAAGGGCAAGCGACGGCGACUGCGGGGGACGGGCACGGGCUUGGAGACGACCAGCAAGGGGCGACCGCGCCUAAGAGGCUGGAUGUGCAGUUUAGGUUGCAUAGCCAGAUGCCCGUGAUUGACUUCUACAAAGGACUCGGCUACCACACUGAAGGCGACGAGUUUGACGAGGACGGUGCGCCUCACAUGCUAUGCGUCAAGACGGUCACGGUCGAGGCGUGAGGUGCAAAGGAUGGGACAGGGAUCAAAAGAGCAUGCAGGAAAUGCAAUUGCGUGGCCUUUCCUACGUGGUAUCAGCGUCGCGGUAGUCCCGCGACUGAAAGUCUUGCAGCACAACGUGCAGUGCAAAGUCCUCGCCAUCGAGCUCUUCGUCCUCCGCC